UCAAAUGAAUUAGGUAGAGAUUUUUGUUCUAAUAGUAGUGCUGUUUAUGUGGGAGAUUGAUGAAUUUUUCCCCUUGAUUUAAGUGUAAUUAUUUAACAAAUACUCAUGUACUUAAAGCUUGGUUGUCAAAUUAAUAAGGUAGGGUCCGUAGAAAGUCUUUUGCUUUGGAAAAAUAAAACCCGAACAAAAAGAACCGUAUCCGACCCAACUCCUUUACCCGAAUCUAUUAGACUUUUGACGUCGAACUUCCUCAUCUUAGCUAGCUCGUCUUCUACGAGUGAGCAUAAUACUAGGGUUUCAAAAUGAACUGAAAAUAGAGAAAGAAGAGAAGGAAAAAUGGAUCAAACGCAGAGAUCACUGGCAGCAGCUGCAAACUCCCGAACCUAUCAGUUCCACCCUGCCCGAUCCGCUAUUACCGAUCUUUUCAAUCUUUACUUAGGAAGAAGUAAUCGCCAAAAAGCUGAGGAUUCUAUUCGAGAAGCACCGAACAAAACCCAAAAGCGUGUGCUUGCUCUUAAUAGAGAGCUUCCUCCUCGAAACGAGCAGUUUCUUUUAGAUUUUGAGCAACUUCAGACUCAAUUUGGUGAUCAAGAUCAGUUGCGGUCUGUGACAGAAUCUGUUCUAAUAUCUUUGGUUAUUCAGUGUUGUAGUCAUGCACCACGGGCAGAGUUUCUUCUUUUUGCUUUACGUAGCUUGUGCAAUAUAGGCUACAUUAAUUGGGAUACGCUUUUGCCGUCCCUUCUGUCUUCAGUUUCCUCUGCAGAAGUGCCGGCAGGUCAAGGGAGUCAGGGAGUGCCUUCUGUUUCAUCGACAAGUUUAUCACAGUCUGGGAUGAUGCCAUCUACUAGUGUAAUAACUAACACUUCUAAUUUUCAGUCCUUGAAUCCUGUAUCUACAUUAACUUCAGUUCAAGUUAUUGGGUCUCCAGCACAACCUACAAUUGAACCUUCUUCCGGUGCAACUUUAUCCCCUGUAAAAUCAUCUGAUAUUUCCUCUAAUGGUCAACCAUCUACAACUAGGAUGAAUUCAUCUAUAAGAGAUAAUGCUAUAAGCAAUUUACGUCAGCUAUGUUGCAAGAUCAUUUUAACUGGGCUUCAAUAUGAUUUAAAACCAGUGACUCAAGCUGAAAUUUUCUACCAUAUGCUGAAUUGGCUGGUUAAUUGGGAUCAAAGACAACAGGGAAAUGAGGAAUGUGAAGGAAAGUCCUGGAGACUGGACAAGGCUCUAAUUGAAUGGCUGCACAGUUGUUUGGAUGUAAUUUGGCUGUUGGUUGAGGAAGAUAAAUGCAGAGUGCCCUUUUAUGAAUUACUUCGAAGUGGAUUGCAAUUUAUAGAAAACAUCCCAGAUGACGAAGCAUUGUUUACACUUAUCCUGGAAAUACAUAGGAGGAGGGAUAUGAUGGCUAUGCAUAUGCAAAUGUUAGACCAACACCUUCAUUGCCCCACAUUUGGAACUCAUCGGAUUUUGUCACAGACAACUCCUAACGUUUCUGUUGAAGCUGUGGCAAACUUGCGGUAUUCACCAAUUACAUAUCCAAGUGUGCUUGGAGAACCACUGCAUGGAGAGGAUCUUGCAGCUUCUAUCCAGAGCAGUAGUUUGGACUGGGAGAGAGCUUUACGUUGUAUAAGGCAUGCUAUUCGCUCUACUCCUUCUCCUGAUUGGUGGAAACGUGUGCUUGUUGUGGCACCUUGCUAUCGAGGUUCUACCCAAGUGCCUACUCCUGGUGCUGUUUUUACCUCUGACAUGAUUUGUGAGGCAACAAUUGAUAGAAUUGUUGAGCUUUUGAAGUUGACAAAUUCAGAGAUAAAUUGCUGGCAGGAGUGGCUUGUCUUCUCAGAUAUAUUCUUCUUUCUUAUGAAAAGUGGAUGUAUUGAUUUUGUUGAUUUUGUUGAUAAGCUGGGUUCACGCCUUACAGAGAGUGAUCACCACAUACUUAAUACAAAUCAUGUUACCUGGCUUUUUGCACAAAUCAUUCGGGUUGAGCAUGUCAUGGCUGCUUUGAAUAAUGAUUCUAGAAAGGUGGAGCUGACAAGAAAGAUUCUAUCAUUUCAUAGAGAAGAUAGGAGCUCGGAUCCUAAUAAUCCCCAAAGCAUCUUGCUUGAUUUUAUUAGCAGUUGUCAAAACUUACGCAUUUGGUCAUUGAAUACAUCAACCAGAGAAUAUUUGAAUAAUGAACAGUUGCAGAAAGGGAAGCAAAUAGAUGAAUGGUGGAGACAAGUGAGCAAAGGGGAAUGCAUGAUGGAUUUUAUGAAUAUGGAUGAUAGAUCAAUUGGGAUGUUUUGGGUCGUCUCCUACACCAUGGCACAACCAGCUUGUGAAACUGUCAUGAAUUGGUUAUCUUCUAGUGGAGUUACAGAGUUGUUACCAGGAGCCAAUGUACAGCCCAAUGAGAGAUUAAUGGUGAUGCGGGAAGUUAGUCCAUUGCCAAUAUCACUGUUAUCUGGCUUUUCAAUGAAUCUUUGUUUGAAGUUGGUCUCUCAAAUGGAAGAAUCUUUAUUUGCUGGGCAGGUUGUUCCUAGCAUUGCUAUGGUUGAAACAUACACCAGAUUGCUGCUCAUUGCACCUCAUUCAUUAUUUCGUUCACACUUUAGUCAUUUAGCUCAGAGGAAUGCUUCUUUAUUGAGCAAGCCUGGGGUGACACUUUUGGUGCUUGAAAUUGUGAACUAUCGCCUGCUUCCACUCUACAGGUACCAAGGAAAAUGUAAAACUCUGAUGUAUGAUGUUACAAAAAUAAUUUCUGCAUUAAAAGGAAAACGGGGAGAUCAUCGUGUGUUUAGGUUGGCUGAGAACUUGUGCAUAAAUCUGAUUUUGUCAUUGAGAGACUUUUUCUCAGUGAAAAGGGAAGGGAAGGGCCCCACUGAAUUCACAGAAACUUUAAAUCGGAUAACUAUAAUCACUCUUGCCAUCACCAUUAAAACACGCGGAAUUGCAGAUGCUGAUCACCUACUUUAUCUUCAAACCAUGUUGGAUCAGAUAUUGGCAACUAGCCUGCAUACUUGGUCAGAGAAAACACUACGUUAUUUUCCCUCUCUUCUUCGUGAUAUCUUAAUGGGACGGACAGACAAAAGAGGAUUGGCAAUUCAAGCAUGGCAACAGUCAGAAACAACAGUGAUAAACCAAUGCACCCAACUUCUUUCUGCAUCUGCUGAUCCAAAUUAUGUUAUGACUUAUAUUAGUCACAGUUUCCCUCAACACCGGCAAUAUCUUUGUGCUGGUGCAUGGAUACUGAUGCAAGGGCGCCCUGAAAACAUUAACAGUGGAAACCUGGCACGGGUGUUGAGAGAAUUUUCACCUGAAGAAGUGACAUCAAAUAUUUAUACAAUGGUGGAUGUAUUACUUCAUCACAUUCAUAUGGAGCUUCAGCAUGGGCAUUCCUUGCAGGACCUCUUUUUGAAAACUUGCGCAAACCUUGCCUUUUUUGUUUGGACCCAUGAGUUGAUUCCUUUGGAUAUAUUGCUUCUGGCACUCAUUGACCGUGAUGAUGAUCCCCAUGCCCUGCGUAUUGUGAUAAGCCUACUUGACAGGCAAGAACUUCAACAAAGGGUGAAACUAUAUUGUGCGAGUCGUGGGCCUCAUGAGCAUUGGCUUAACACUGGAAUGUUUAAGCGCACUGACUUGCAAAAGGCCCUUGGCAAUCAUCUCUCAUGGAAGGACAGGUAUCCUACAUUCUUCGAUGAUAUUGCAGCACGUUUGCUUCUAGUCAUCCCAUUAAUUGUUUACAGACUUAUUGAGAAUGAUGCUACAGAAGCAGUGGACAGGAUUCUGGCGAUGUAUUCUGUAUUUUUAGCUUACCAUCCGUUAAGAUUUACAUUUGUUCGUGACAUUCUUGCAUAUUUCUAUGGUCAUCUACCUGGAAAGCUCAUUGUUCGAAUAUUGAAGGUAUUAGAUCUUAGCAAGAUUCCUUUUUCCGAAUCAUUCCCGCAGCACAUUGGUUCAUCAAAUCCUGCGAUAUGCCCACCUCCAGAAUAUUUUGCAACUCUUUUAUUGGCUCUUGUGAAUAAUGUAAUACCCCCAUUAAACAGCAACUCAAAAAGUGGAUCAAUGGGAGAUGCUUCCAAUAAUUCAGUGCGUGGUCCUCAUAAUAAAACUCCAGCAACACCUCAGUCUGGACCAGCAAAUGCUUCUGAGGGUCAAAAAGCAUUCUAUCAAAUUCAGGACCCUGGGACAUAUACUCAGCUGGUUCUCGAAACAGCCGUCAUAGAAAUACUCUCUCUUCCAAUAUCUGCUUCUCAGAUUGUGUCAUCUCUAGUUCAAAUUGUUGUUAACAUACAACCAACACUGAUUCAAUCCAGCAAUGGUUUGCAUGGAGCUUCCAAUGGUUUGGGGCAAGGUUCAGUUUUACCAACAUCCCCUUCGGGAGGCAGCACAGAUUCUUUGAGUGCAGGCAGAUCGACUCCUUCUGUAUCAGGGAUCAACACCUCUAGUUUUGUUUCACGAAGUGGUUAUACAUGCCAACAGCUAUCAUGCUUGUUUAUCCAAGCUUGUGGUCUGUUGUUGGCUCAGCUCCCUCCUGAGUUUCACUUACAGCUUUACAUGGAGGCAUCACGUAUAAUAAAAGAAAGUUGGUGGCUAUCUGAUGGGAAGAGAUCAGUGGGUGAAUUAGACACAGCUGUCACCUAUGCUUUGUUGGAUCCAACAUGGGCUUCCCAAGAUAAUACCUCCACAGCUAUAGGUAAUAUAGUUGCAUUGCUUCAUUCUUUCUUCAGCAACCUUCCACAAGAAUGGCUAGAGGAAACCCAUGUCAUUAUUAAACAUCUCAGGCCAGUAACAUCAGUUGCUAUGUUGAGAAUAGCAUUCCGUAUAAUGGGCCCCUUGCUUCCAAGACUUGCCAAUGCUCAUAAUCUUUUCAACAAGGUUCUGUCAUUACUUUUAAAUACAUUGGUGGAUGUAUUUGGGAAAAACUCUCAGACACCUGUUCCUGCGGAUGCGUCAGAGAUAACGGAUAUCAUUGAUUACCUUCAUCAUGUCAUCCACUAUGAAGGACAAGGAGGGCCAGUGCAGGCUAACAGCAAGCCUAGGCCAGAGGUCUUGGCUCUUUGUGGGAGAGCUGCUGAAAGUCUACGUCCAGAUGUACAGCAUCUUCUAUCCCACUUGAAACCUGAUAUUAACUCUUCAAUAUAUGCUGCUACCCAUCCAAAGUUAGUUCAGAAUCCCCCCUGACAAUUAGUUGCCCAGCAUCCUUCAUGAGUUGAUUGUGUUCAAGCCACACCUUUAUCACCAAAAAAAGUUUGUGUUUAACUGCCGUUCCUCGUCCCAUAAGUUUUGCUGUAGUUUCUGGCCAUCAGGUGGCGACACAGAAUCAAAAUACUUUCCAAUUUUGAUCACAGAGGUAAGGGCACCAUUUUGAGAACUAGAGCUGUCUGCAGAUGUUUUUUAUGCCAUUAUAGAAAACAAGCAACACUGUUGAUAAGAUAUGACCUAUAUAACUCUUACGGCUUUAGCAAAAAGCUUAGACCAAGCUUCCAGUGUUGACCACCCAUAAAGCAUCGUUAUCUGAUUGUUCUAAUGUAGAAAACCAAGCACAUACUGAAGUGCAUAUUGUAAUAUAUUUAGUGGCUGGGUUUUUAAUAUAAUAUCAUAUAAGUUUGUAUGUGAACCAAAAUUUUAAGAGGAUGAAAUGGGAUUGCUAAUAAAGAGUGUUUUUCUUGACACACUUGAUAUUAGUCUUCUUUUAUACUAAAAAUCGCACCCCCUUCGCUUCAACAUGCAAACUUGAUAACUCUUUAAGUUGGAGUUUCAAAUUCCACCUAGCAGUGGCAACAGGACGGGUACUUGAUAUUUUCGAGGUAUCUGUAUCCAAACUUAAUGAUUUAUCGUACUACCUGAAUCCGUUGAUUACUCGGAUCACUUUGAUUUUUGCUAUUGGAACCUUAUCUUGUCCGAACCUGUUACAUAUCCUAUUAUGAGGUUCUUUUGUUCCCCCUUGUCCUUUCAUAUUUGCAAAAAGGAUUUAGUAGUCAAUUUAAAAGAAGUGAUCAACAAAUGGGCAUGAAAAUUAUCCAAUCAUUUCUGGAGAUUUAUAGCGAAGCAAGAUCAACGUCUGCCUAGCAUUUGCCUGGCUUCAGGUAGCGGCCAACCUGCUUGAAUCAGCCAAACCCCCAGACCCCAGUCC